UGCAUCUGAAAUCAAAGACAAAGCUGGGAAUGAAUGAAGACAAUCUCUCUUCCUCCGACUCUUCCACACAGCGCCGCGGCGUAACUGUGGACCAGUGCCAACGCAUGAUUCAUAAGAGUCUCCUUUCUCCGCAGGUGAAGUUCCUGAGGGAACAUUUGGAGAAAGCUGGGUGUCUCGUUGGAGAUAAUUUCAUAAAAGCUGUUAAGUGUGACAACAUUGCAAUAGCUGGUGGUUAUACUCAGGGUGAAGGGAUAGUUGUGUGCUGCAACGAGAUGGAAUCUCAAGAUGAUGUUGACCAGCUGUUAAAGCAUGAGCUAAUUCAUGUAUUUGAUGACUGUCGUGCUGGAAACUUGGAUUGGACAAAAUGUGCUCACCAUGCUUGUAGCGAGAUAAGAGCUGGUCAUCUAAGUGGUGAUUGCCAUUUCAAACGGGAACUUCUUAAAUUAGCUUCUCUGAAAAUUCGAGGGCAUGAACAAGAAUGCAUCAGAAGAAGAGUUAUGAAAUCAUUGUCUGCAAAUCCUUAUUGCUCUGGUGUGGCAAAGGCUUCUAUGGAAUCUGUAUGGGAUGUUUGUUACAAUGAUACAAAGCCUUAUGACAGAGCUCCUUAACAAAACAAUUGCCUGGUUGUUACUGCAUUUAAUAUACCAGCAAUGUGUUCCAUUUUGGGCUUGGAACUUUUUAAGGUGAUCAAUAUUGUGAUUCAAAUUUUCAAAUUGAAGAAAGGUUAGUUCAUUAUUAUUAUUUUUUGGCUGAUUUAGCCAGGCAACUCAAUUUGAGAGGGUUGCACCGGUUUAUAUGUACGAAAUUAAUUAGAAUGUACAUCUAAUUAUGGAUUGUCAUAUAUAGAUUGUCGUUUUAUUUUAAUAAUUAUUUUAAAAGUCAUUAAGG